UUUAGAUGUGUCACAGUCGAGAGGAAGCAGCUGGAGGAGCAGCAGCAUUAGCAGCCGGAGACGUUUCGCACCAGCCGGAGGGGGAGAAAAGAGGCGAGUUGGUGCAUCUCUUAACUGUUCAUUCAGCCCUUCCACCCCGCCGCCAAUUUAUUUAUUUUUUGCUUUAUCCUGUGAAGGGGCAGCUCUGUUAGAAAUGCAGAAUCCUAAGAUGCAGCCGAAGAAAUGCGAAUCCCCUUGGUUGAAGCAGGGCAGAGUUACCUGCCGAGAUUGCUCGGUAGGUCAAUAUUGCAACUGUAGAGCUGAGCCUGAGAGAGAAGUAGCGUGUCUAACGCUGACUGGUGAAUUCAAGCUGUAGGUGUGGCAAAGCAAACACCACACGAUCCUUAAAGAUGGUGCGGAUUUUGGCCAACGGCGACAUUGUACAAGACGAUGACCCUCGAGUGCAGCAGAGCACUCAGAACAGGGGGAACUCUUCCCGGCCGGGUUUUUUCAACAUGAACGCAGGCCCUGCUCCACAACAACACUACCGCCAACAGCAGCAGCAGCAGCCUCAGGAUGCAGCAAGGCCAGGGGAGCGCUCACUGCUUUCAGACAUCAACCAACAGUUGGUGAACAUGGGCUUCCUCACGUGGAACCUUGGAAACCAGGUGGUGGAGCCAGUCAUGUCCAUCUUGCUGCUGCUCCUUCUCAUGAUGGUCGGCGUGCGUGGCCUACUCUUGGUGGGCCUCAUCUACGUUGUCUCUCACUUAAGCCAGCGAUGACAGGAACUUCUCUACAAGCCAUGAAUGCUGCUUGGUGGAUGGAGAGCCACAUUUCCUUGUCCAGUGUGUGAGUGCAUGUUAGAGUGUGUGUGUGGGGGGGGGGUCGAAUGUGUCCCUGUUGUGUGUAUGCGUGCCCAUAUGGGCUCCCGCCCUCAAAAUGUUAUGUAAAUAGAUUUUGUAGGGAACAGAAAUGAGCUGUGGGGGGAAGCAGUAUAUGGAGUGCGAGUUUGUGAGGGUACAGUUUCUUCCACUCCAGUUGGCUUUUUCUUGUUGUGCUGCUCAGGUGUAGCAGUUGGGUGUAGAGGCAAUCUCAGGGUUGUUGGUUGAAGCUUAGUUUUUUGAUGAAGGGGUGAAAAGGCAGCAGGUGGAUCUCUCAAUUGUUCUCUCAACAAAAACACUUAAUGAACCUCGUAUGUAAAAGGCGGUGUUAUGAGAUGACUAAGUAGGCAUUGUUUAUUGCCCUUAGAGAGGAGGUAGUUAACAUGAUAAUUGAGAAGGUUUAAAUCAAAGGUGGGAAAUGUGUGGUCCUUCAGGUUCAGAUGGACUACAGCUCCCACAAUCCCUAGCUAUUGGCCAUGCAGUCUGGGACUGAUUUGAGGUGGCAUCUGGCAACAUCUGGAGUGCACCAGGUCGUACAAGGCUGCAUUACACUCAUAACCUGGGAGUCGUAAAAUGGAUUGGGUUUGGUUUGGCAUUCUUGGUCACAAUCCGACCUUGAGCCUUUGCUAUCACUUUUGAGAUGUGUGUCCAGUUCUUUUAAAUAUAGGUAGGUGCUUGAAGGUAGAUGGAAAACCAAGCUUCUUAACAGGGCCGUCUCAAGCAGGUUGGGCGCCCUGGCGCUGAGGCGCGGAGAUCGCCCCGGCGCCCCCGCCCUCGCAGUGCGGCUUCCGCGCAGCUUCACUGCGCAGUGUCCCCCUGCCAGCCCCGCGCCAUCGGGACCACACCUAGAGCCGGGCCUGCUUCUUAACUCAGGUCAGUCAUAGGAUUAAAAUACCAUCUCCAAAUGGAGGGAAGUUUGGGUUUGUGUGGAAAUAAUUGAUCAUGGAACCACACUUUGCAUAGUCGAUGGGAGGAGGCCGCUCUGUAGCUAAUCAGUGUACAUGGGGAAGGGCAAUUCUGAGAAUUCUUUUCCAUGUUGGGAGCUGUACAUGUGGCCCCUGUACUUUGUGUUGCCGCAUACACAGUCCCCAUGCUGGAGGCAACAGUGCUGAUGAAUGGUUGCCUCUGUGUGAGUGCUGGCUCCUGGGGUGCUCACUUGGGGUCUGCCUUAAGCACAAAACCAUCCAUUGUCUCAUAAUGUGUGUGUGGUUUGUGUGUGUUGCAAUGGGGGGGCCUUACUAAGUGAGUGUGCAGUGGGCAUGUGACACGUGGUUCUCACGUCUGUUAAUUAACGUGAAUGGACAUUUCUGCAUCCUUGAAGUAUGACCUGGUGGGAGAACUACCCACCCACCCACCCACACUUUUUCCCCUGCUAGUGGUGGCCUCCUCUUGAAAACAGGAGUGGAGGAGUCAAAUCCAAGCAAAGGAAAGCUUUGUAACCACCUCCCUCAACUCUUUGUAAUACUAUUUGUAAACUGUUCCUUAAUACACAUCUUUUGUUCCUUUCCAAA